GCGGUCGCCGCGCCCCGCGCGCCAUGGCCGCCCCCGAGAACAUGGCGGCACAGAUGAAGGCCAUGCUCGACGCCAAUCGGGAAGCCAUCGCGCAGCCCCAGCAGUCCGAGCUGCAGCCCAGCAUCUCAAGGCUGCAAGGUCAGAUCCCCGCGCGGGGCACGGAAUCCCGGCAGCUCAAGCGCGAGCUCUCGGUCCAAGCCAACAAGAUCGCCAAUCUAGAUUCCAAAUCCAGCACCGGCGCGGGAACUGCGUCAGCUCACUUUCAAGAGGCGCAUCUUCGCAUCGACAAGCCCUCGAAGGAGGUGAAGAUCAGCGAGUCCAACAUGACGAUGGGAAUG